AUGGCACUGGGAAGACAAUUCCAGGGGUGGUUCAAGGACGCCCGAGAGAGGCAGAAAGAGCAGACGCAAUUCCUCUUGUUGGAAAGCAUGGCUGCACAAGCACGUCGGCCGCUUGAAACUUGCGACAACGAGCUGAUGACGAGCAAAUGCUGCAACCGACAUGCGCUGGCGCAGCUGGGGCAGAAGCCCGCAACAAAGCAUUGGGCCCUGACAGGUGGGAAUGCGGCGCCACCACCGCAUGGCGUUUCUGAGAUGCAUAUUUUGCUAAUCGAUGAACGAUAA